CUAAUCAACAACAAGAAAGCCAUCACUGCCCCCUUUCGAUAGGGGCAGCAACUCGGCACACUAUAUAUGAUGCUGGUAAGCGGUUGGUUGGAGAGAUGCGAAAAAUGGAAUUCGAGAAAGGACCUGUUGUUCCACCAGAGAGGAGAGAUGCUUAUAGAGUUGCUUACAUAAUCCACUUCUUGCUUGGUGCAGGCAACUUGCUUCCAUGGAACGCAUUCAUCACUGCCAUCGACUACUUCGGCUCUCUAUACCCGAACAAACACAUCGAAAAGGUGUUCUCCGUGGCUUACAUGAGCUCUUCGGUGCUGGUUCUGGUGGUGAUCAUGAGCCAAGGUGGUUGGAGCAGCAGGAUGAGUUGCAGGCUGAGGAUGAACUUAGGGUUCUCCCUCUUUGUUCUCUCCAUGAUGGUUGCUCCAACUCUGGACUGGAGCAGCAGAAAUGGCUCGAUGCCCACGGGAGCAUAUGGCAUGACAGUUGCAUCGAUAGUGGUUUGUGGAUUUGCAGAUGGAUUGAUUGCUGGUAGCUUGAUUGGUUCGGCUGGGAAGCUUCCAAAGCAAUACAUGCAGGCAGUUUUCGCUGGAACAGCCUCUUCAGGGGUUCUUGUGUCCAUCCUGAGGAUCAUCACAAAGGCAAUGCUCCCCCAGACGCCUCAGGGUCUCCGAACGAGCGCACACUUCUACUUCAUUGUCAGCACCGUGAUCCUCCUCUGCUGCAUCUUCUUCUGUAACUUGCUGUACAAGUUACCAGUUAUGCAGCAGAACCGCAACAAGCUUGAUGUUGUCGCUGAUGGUGAUGAUUCAAAGCCGAGAUUCUGGUCCGUGGCUAGGAAAAUCCAGUGGCCAGCUGUUGCAGUUCUGACAAUCUACCUCGUCACUCUCUCGAUCUUCCCAGGAUUCCUAGCAGAAGAUGUCAAGUCAAACCUGUUGAGUGACUGGUAUCCUGUUCUGCUGAUAACAGUAUACAAUGUGUCGGAUUUCAUAGGCAAGUCCGUGACAGCAAUAUAUGUUAUGAAGAGCAUCAAGAAGGCCACCUGGGGUUGUUUCCUGAGGCUGCUGUUCUAUCCUUUGUUUGCAGCUUGCCUCCAUGGACCAACCAAGUGGCUGAGAUCAGAAGUUCCAGUUGUGGUCCUGACAUUCAUGCUCGGCGUGACAAAUGGGUAUCUGACAAGUGUCCUAAUGAUCCUCGCCCCGAAAUCGGUUCCAGGUUCCGAGGCUGAGCUGGCUGCAAUUGUGAUGAUUGUGUUUCUAGGGAUUGGUUUGGUAUCUGGAUCUGUUCUGGGAUGGUUCUGGAUCAUAUGAAAAAAGCUCCAUUUCCUAGAAGAAGUUCACAUGUACUGCUGCUUUGAUCUGUGGAAAAAAGUUAGAGCAACUAGACAGCAGCACAUUGUUUGUAAUCCUUUCUUAAUCAGCUGCAAUUAUGAUGAUCAUUACAUUAACGGUGCA